UACUCUAAACUCAAUUUCUUUCCCUUCCUAUUCCCCAAGACGACCAAACCAACAAAACUUAGACUUUCAAAAAAAUAAUACUUCAAACCUCGGUUUGAAUUCCAACAUCAACAUCAUCACAAGCUCACAACACGCUAACGUCACUCCUUUCGUUUCCCACCGCUCUUUUUAUUCCCCCUCUCAUUCCUUCUUCCAAACCCAAUUUUUUUAAUUAUCUUUUCUCAACAUCCACCAAUUCCCUAACCCUCAUUCGUUCAUUUCUUUUCUCCCUCAAAAAACCAAAACCCAAACCCUCUUAUCUUCUUUCUACCCUUCACGUCUUAAUCAAAUCCACCUCUUAUUUCUCGCCGUUUUCCCCUCCUCAUUAUUUUCCAGCUAUCGCUUUGUUUUUAUAUUACCCAUAACACUUUUCUUUCUCUUAUCAUGCCAAACCCUCUGAUUUGGGGUUUUUCUGCAGCGAUGAACAUGCUUUUUACUCCUAUGUGGCUAGUGUUUUUCUUAGGGGUUAUCGUUGGUUGGUUAUGGAAACCAAAUUGGGCUACUUCAUUGGCUAAGUCUUUUGAUUUUGCUUCACCUUUUUCUUGUUCUCCUGUCUUCUCCCCUUUGAAAUUCUAUUCUUCUUCUUCUUCUCCUUUUCUUAAUUCUUCUAUUACAAUGCAAACUCCAAACCCUGAUUCUUUGGGUAUUAAGAAAGACAUGAAUAAAAAAGCUUCAUCUUCUUCAACACCCACCAAAUAUGAUAGUUCCUCCGGUACACCGGAUUCUAGUGAAGAUGCUUCGAAUGGUGUUACGAUUGAUGAUUUACAUCAUUUAUAUAAGCUUGUGGAGGAGAAAGAUGGAGGUCUUCCUUGGAUACAUAUGAUGGAUCGGUCUACUCCGACUUUGAGAUACCAGGCGUGGCGUAGAGAACCAAAGGAUGGACCUCCCCAAUAUCGAAGCAGUACUAUUUUUGAGGAUGCAACACCUGAGAUAGUGAGGGAUUUAUUCUGGGACGAUCAGUUUCGACCUAAGUGGGAUGAUAUGCUUAUUAACUCGACGACAUUAGAAGAGUGCCCUACUACUGGAACAAUGAAAGUGCAUUGGGUUCGAAAGUUCCCCUUCUUCUGUAAAGACAGAGACUAUGUUAUCGGACGAAGAAUAUGGGAAUGUGGGAGGUCAUACUAUUGUGUUACAAAGGGGGUAGAUUGUCCUUCAAUCCCAAGACAAGACAAACCCAGACGUGUCGAUGUGUAUUACUCUAGCUGGUGCAUUCGAGCAGUUGAAUCAAAGAGAGGUAAUGGUCAAUUGACUGCAUGUGAAGUUUUACUCUUCCAUCAUGAAGAAAUGGGAAUUCCAUGGGAGCUUGCAAAGCUUGGAGUAAGAAAAGGUAUGUGGGGAACGGUACAGAAGGUUGAGCCUGGUUUGCGUGCUUAUCAAGAAGCAAAAGCUUCUGGAGCUCCACUCUCUCGUUCCGCCUUCAUGGCCAGUGUCAACACAAAAAUAAGUCCGGAGUACUUGCAAUCCAUCGGAUCCUCUGACGAUUCAUCACAAAUCGACAGUGCAAUCACUUCUGACAAACCAAAGGGCGUGAACGUACCGAAGAUGCUAGUCAUUGGCGGUGCUGUUGCUCUUGCUUGUAGUCUUGAUAAGGGGUUGUUGACCAAGUAUCUUUUAUUUGGUGUUGCUAGAAGAUUUGCUAAUAUGGGUAAAAGAUAGUAGAACUAAAGGUGGAACCAAUCUCUUGAAGGGAUUCAGGUGUGUUGCAGUCACAAAUCCAUGCAGUCAGAGAUCACUCGGUGCAGAAAGAAAGUAUUAGCUGUCACUGCUGUGCUGAUUGUGUGGGAUUUGUGACUCUUGAAGCCAUUGUUUUGGAUAUUCCACAUUAUCCGUUAUAGUUUCCUUCUUAUUAUCACCUAUAAAUUAGGAGGCUCUUUUUUGGGUAAAUAAUCUAUAAAAAAAUAAAAUCCAGGGGAAAUGAGAAAAUCUCGGCUUGUUGAUUUGGGAGAAAGGCUAGUUGAUAAUUUUUCAAAACUUUUUAUUUAUUUCUUAGACCAUGAGAGUUGGUGAAGACCACAGAAUUUGUAAACUUUGUAUGGUUGUAUAAACUUCUUAGCAAUAAAGAAUAAAGAUAAUCUAUUUUUAUCA